AUGUUGGCGAUGCUUAUCGAAAGAUGCAGAGAUAUAGCUCUAAACCCGGGUCCUGUUGGUAAGUGUUUGACUUGUAAAGGAACAGUUAGAAGGAAUCAAAUAUCGGUAAACUGUAAUGUAUGCAAUGGUUUGCUUCAUGUGAAAUGUUGUGAUCUAACUGAUAAAGCGGGCCCGAUUUGUCAUACUUGUUUUCCCAACAAUAGUACCUUGAACAGUGACACGACAGGAUAUUCUAAUUAUAUCGUCGAAGAUUUACAAAAUCUGAUUUCCAAACGUGGCUUAACUAUUUGCCAUCAAAAUAUCUGCGGACUGUCUAGAAAAAUUGACUCCCUGUGUGUUCUCCUUGAUUCACAUAAAGGAAUUCAUAUCCUUGGUCUUGGCGAAACACAUCUUUAUGACGACGUGUAUGACAAUGAAAUAGAAAUAGCUGGCUAUAAGUUAUUUAGAAAAGAUAGAUCUG